AUGAUUUCGACAGCUUUCGCGUUCCUCAAGUCCUCCAUCCUCUCUGGCCUCCAGCGGUUCACCACGCCAGAGCCAGAACUCCCUUCUGUUCCAGAGCCAUACAUACCUGAUCCUGAUCUCGUCGAAGACUCAUCUACCUCUUCCACCUCUUCUCCGUCUCCGAGCAUAGUCACCCCGGCAUCGCCGUCGUCACCACUUUCAACGUCAACCGAAAUGCCCGGCGAGACGCUCCGUGAAAAAGCCACCAAAAAACUCCACGGUCCUGAUGCCAACCCAAGCCAGCUCGGCGAUCCAAUUAGCUUGAAGGCCGAACAGAGUGACACCGUGCCGACGUCCAGCGAGGAAGGGGCGGGAAGCGAAAAGGGUCCGAAAGAUGAACAGGGUAAGGAUAACAGAGGAUAUGGGGGAAAUGCUGAAGGCGGGAAAUUGAGGGAGAAGGCGGCAAAGAAGUUACACGGACCUGAUGCGAAUCCGAGUCUGUUAGGGGAUCCAAUUAGUUUAAAGGUUGAGACGACUGAGAAAAGCGCAGGACGGGGGUCGAAGUUAUGA